UGCUUCUCCAUCACCAUGGAGGCUUCUCUUGCCAUCUGCAUCCUCGCAGCUCUCCUGGCUACGGGGACCUGUCUGCAGUGUGAGGUUUGCAGUGCAGCUGGAAACAGCUGCACGGGCAGCAUGCAGACCUGCGCCAUUGGGCAAGACUCUUGUGCCUUCCUUCUUACCGAUGUCACAAUAGCGGGAGUGAAGACACAGAGCUUUCUCAAGGGCUGUAUAGCAUCCAGCAAAUGUAAAGUCGGCCCCAUCUCUAUGAAUUUUGGGUAUGGAAUGGCGACAAGGACGAGCUUCGCCUGCUGCGUGGGAGAGGCCUGCAGAACAACUACAGUUACAGUGCCUCCGGCUGACACCAAACCCAACGGCCGGCGCUGCCGUGGCUGCUACGCGUUGAAUGCUGAUCAUUGCAAUGAGCAAACCAUAGAGUGUACUGGAGCUGAGACGCAGUGCAUUGAUGCUGCUGGGGCCGUAACGAUAAGUGGAAGUCAAAUGCAGACCAUCAUGAAGGGCUGCGCUUCCGAGUCCAUCUGCGCUGAUAUAAAAGCGGGUUCGUCAACCUUCUCAGGAACCAGUGCAGAUCUAACCACGGCCAAAUGCACAGUGGCCUCCGGUGUGGUAGGCGUGGCUCCGGGGCCAGCUGGGAUCCUCCUCCCAGCCCUCGCUGGGCUCCUUCUGCUGAAGCUUCUCUCCUGA